GCACCUUUGUUCGUUCCAGCCCGCUGAGGCCAACGCCUCCGUAGUAGAUACGCCACUCGAUGCAUCACCGCACGGUGUGGCGUUCUCAUGUUUCUUUAUGCUGCGUUGCUAUAUACAAGGGGCAGUACCGCUUUCAUGCAGGCGGCUCAAGACCGCAAAUCCCUCGCUUCGUCGCUGAGCCAUGCUCGCCACCUGCCCUGUCUGCUUCAACAUAGCGGGACCCGGUGGAAUCCAACUACUAGCCAUCAAAUCCUGCGGACAUGUUGUCUGUGUAGACUGCUUCAAGCAGAUUCGCCGCAGGUUUAUACCUUCCCUAUGUCACCUAUGCAGACAACCGUUCCGACCGGAGACGGACCUCGUUCAUGUCCGCUUCAAAUUCGGACAACACGGUUACAGCAUUUCGCUGUUCAAUAACCUCGUUCGCAGGAAGGCCGUUCGUUUCUUAGAAGAUAGGGACACGAUCGCCGCAGAGCGAGAGCGUCUGCGUGCGUCCAAACAGACCCUUCACCGGCGCAUUUCCGUCCAGCGCGAGCGCAUACAAGCCCAUGAAGACUCGCUUCGCGCCCUGCGAGAGCGCACCUCGGCUUCUCAGCAGGAGAUCGCCCGCCUGCGACUCGCAAUGAGGCAAGAGUUCGCUCAGAUUUCCUCCGCAAUGGACCGCCUGCAAACUCUUGUGCACGUCGUAUACUAAAUGCGACCCGUAGCGUCUUGGGGUCUGCGUCGACUGAUUUGUAUGAAGGACUGGUCGCGAUGUACGAUACUUCUUACCCCUAAUCUCUCAGUGCUCCUACUCUAUUCACGAAGAACCGGUCAUAAUGUACGAUAUCCACUACUCGUUUGCGCGCCUGGCUGUUUUCCCCCUCCACCUCCAAAUCACGUAUGCGGCCAAUCCGAG